CAGAGCCACAGAGAGGAGCAGUUUUUAGAGUCAGAGAAAUUAUCAAAGGAUGCCGCGAGUGUUGUUUUGCGAGGGAGAUAUAGUGGAAGAGACUCCUGAGAUAUUGAUGGAGCAUACACUGGACUGGUAUAAUCCACAUAUACCCAUUUCGAGUCUGCCAUACGGAAUUGCUUUCCCCAACAGAAGAGAGGCUAUGAAUUACACCCGCAACUUCAACUGGCACUGGAGUAAUUUGCGCUAUAAUCGAAGAGUAAAGAUGGAACAGAUGUAUGAUCACGUUCCUCCUGGCGAUGGACAAAUUGUGAAGAGGCCUAGAUUUAAUCUGCCUUUUUGUCAGGAUGUUGCUGGAGGCGAAGAGGGGUCUACUCCAGGGGGAGACUUGUGUUUCGUAACAGUGUGAAUGAAGUUGGUAGUGGCAGUGGUAGUGGUAGUGGUGUUGUAGAUGACAAUGGUGGUGGUAACAGUGGUGAAAAUGGAGGUGGUGAGGCGGCAUCUACUGGAGAAAAUCAAGAUCAGCAGAGGGUUCCUCAGCUAAUUGGUGAUCGCAUUUGGGGGUGAGAGAUGAGUGGGUGGUUUUUGCCACUCAUCCCCGUCGAGGGCGGUUUGUGAUCAAUGAGGGGUGGUACUUGUGGGAGAUCGGUAUAUAGUUUGUGGUGGUGUGCGUCAGGGUUUCUAUGCAACAACCAUGCCUGAGACUAUCAGAGCUACAGUUCGCGAAAAUGCCUCCAUUCCCAUACCUAUUGAUGAUGUGAUUUUCCCCAAUUUGGAUAUGCUGACCCCUGUAGUUGGCCGGAUGGCUACAGAUAUUGUUGUUAUUACUAAUGCGGGGAAUGGUGAAGCGAAUCCUCCUCAGAACGUGCAAGCACCAGAACCUGAGUCAGAACCUACCCCUCCCAGAGCCAAUGUUGGUGUAAUCCAUCCUGCUGCUCCAGUUCCUACAAGUGAAGAUACAGAAGCAUCUGGGGAUGCUAGUACUAACUAAACUGGUAAAGUUCAUAUCUAUUUUCAGAGUGGAGUGAGGUGUUUUCAGAUGACAGAUCAAAAUAGUCACUUGCUGGAUUUUUUUUGUUGACAUUGCAAACAUAUUUGUUUUGGGUUUAAUGUUUGAAGGUUUGAAUUGAAUGUUGUGAAAAUUGGGUGUUUUUUGUUCAAUUACUCUGUGGAUGAUAAAGUGAUUUGG